AUGUCCACCCCACUGGAGCUGAGGGAGCGAAUCACGCACUCCAACCGGACCUCCAAUGAUGUUGAAAGCACGCUUCACGGCGAGGACCACAAUCAAGUAUAUAUCGAAAAUCCGCUUGACAACCUCACGCUCGAGGAGCUUGAGGAACAAGUCGCCGCCUUCAGGCUCAAGUAUGGCUUAGUCAGCUCCGUCGAAGAAGAACUGUUGCAGAAGGGCGCACGCGUUGCUCAAAGCGGACGGACUUUCGAGGCUAUCGAGGAGCUUACGUCGGAAGAGCUUCAAGCCUUGCGGGAUGAACACACGCGGUUGUUCAGGCAACCACCGGCCUUUUGGAUCACAAUCUGCUGCACAUGCAUUGCUGCAGCACUGCAAGGCUGGGAUCAGACCGGAUCAAACGGUGCCAAUCUUGAAUGGCCGGCGGCAUUCCAUCUCAACCCUGACACAAGGACUGGCGAUAUCUGGAUUUUAGGGGUGGUGAACGCCGCUCCCUACUUCGCGGCUUCCAUGCUGGGCUGUUGGAUUUCUGAUCCGCUCAACAAUUACACUGGCCGACGGGGCACGAUUUUUUUCAGUGCUGUAUUCUGCUUUGCCUCUGUCAUCGGCUCGGCGUUCACUCAGAACUGGGUGCAGCUGUUCUUCUGCCGUUGUCUACUCGGCAUCGGAAUGGGUAGCAAGGCCGCCACAGUCCCCGUCUAUGCCGCUGAGAACUCACCUGCGUUUUUCCGUGGAAGCUUCGUCAUGAGCUGGCAGCUUUGGGUAGCUUUCGGUAUCUUCCUCGGCUUCUCUGCCAACCUUGCCGUCUACCAAGUCCCGCACAUCGGCUGGCGCCUGCAGCUCGGCAGCGCCUUCAUCCCCGCCAUUCCGCUCCUCAUCCUCAUUUGGUGGGCGCCCGAAUCGCCCCGAUGGUACAUCAAAAAGAACUGUUAUCCGCAGGCUUAUGAUGCGUUGCUCCGUUUGCGCAAUGUUCCGCUUCAGGCCGCGCGCGAUCUAUACUAUAUGCACGUUCAGAUCGAGUUGGAGAACAGGAUGCUGACGGAAGAGCAGAUGUACGUACGGAGGUUCGUGCAGCUGUUCACGAUCGCGCGGGUGAGGAGAGCUACGUUGGCGAGUACGACAGUCAUGCUGGCACAGCAAAUGUGCGGGAUCAAUAUUGUUAUUUUCUAUAGUGCGACGCUGUUCGUGGACGCCAAAGCGGAUACGCGGACCGCAUUGCUGGUCUCUUGGGGCUUCGGUCUGGCUAACUUUAUCUUUGCCCUUCCAGCAGUGCAUCAGAUCGAUACUCUUGGCCGCCGUACAUUGCUGCUCAUCACGUUCCCAGGCAUGGCUCUCACGCUUCUGGCAGCUGGCUUCUGCUUCUACAUCCCCGAGACCAGCGCCGCCCGGCUCGGCCUGAUUACUUUCUUUAUUUUUCUGUUCGCAGUGUUCUACAGCCCUGGAGAAGGGCCAGUGCCGUUUACGUAUUCGUCGGAAGCCUUUCCUCUAUCCCACCGCGAAGUCGGCAUGAGUUGGGCAGUUGCGACGAACCUCUUCUGGGCCGCAAUCCUGAACACCGUCUUCCCCAGGCUCACCGAUGCGCUGGGUAACACCGGCGCGCUCGGUCUAUUCGCAGGCCUGAAUGUACUUGCCUUCGUCAUGAUUUUCCUGUGGGUUCCGGAAACGAAGCAGCGGACGCUGGAGGAGCUCGACUCGAUAUUCAAGGCUUCGACCCGAAAGCACAUGCGCUACCAAGUCACGGUAACGCUGCCUUGGCUCUGGAAGCGCUAUGUGCUAAUGCAGAAGGGGGCCGAGAGGGAGUCGUUUUAUGUUUCCAGGCGGUGA